AUGUGUUUCGGGAGCAAAAAAGAAGAAAACAGCGACCCUGCGCCACGUCCAGCGCAGAGGCCGGCAUCGUCUCAAAGCCAGGGAGACGUCAAGAAGAGCAAAUACAACCCUCAGAACGACCCGAACCAGUUUGCGGGAGAGUCUAGCUAUUCUGCCCCUUCAGGGCCGCCUUCAGAUAGGAAACAGGCCUCUGACUUUGCGCCUCCCUCGGGGCCUCCGCCUGGCCAAUCUUCAUCGCAGCAAUACUCUGCUCCUCCAGGACCACCGCCAGCCAUGGGUACAUUGCAAUACUCUGCUCCCUCAGGGCCGCCCCCAGGACAGUACAAUGCUCCUUCAGGACCGCCGCCCGGGCAUGCACCCCCGCAAUACGAUGCUCCUCCUCCAGGACCGCCUCCGGGCCACGCGGCGUCGCAACAAUACGCGCCGCCCUCGGGACCUCCGCCCGAGCAUGAUUGGGAAGUAGCAGUACCAGAUACAUCGCUAUUUCCGCCGCCACCCGCCAUCUUCAGUGGCUACGACAGAUCCCCUUCCAGCAAUGCCACCGAGGAUGAGGCCAAUGCCGGCGAGGAUUGGUGUCAAUCGUACCCCAUGACUGGACCUAUCCACCUAGAUCAUGUUGGAAAGGCAGCUCUCCAGGCGGGCAACAUUCGUCUUAUGGAACCAGUGGGCUUCAGCGGCAAACUCACAUGGAUGGAGCCAGGACACUGGCAGGGCUGGACAAAGAAGAACUCGCCCGACCGUUGUAUUAUUGGCUACCCACCGCUCUACUCUGUUACUGAACAUGAUCCCAUCCGUCUCGGUCCACCUAGAACCAUCUACUACGAAGUCAAGCUCGCGCGCGAUAGCCCUGAGGUAUUCCUAGCAUUAGGCUUCACCGCGCUUCCAUACCCUUCUUUCCGUAUGCCAGGCUGGCAUCGCGGCAGUCUGGCGAUUCACGGUGACGACGGACACAAGUACGUCAAUGAUCGGUGGGGUGGUCGCGACUUCACACAGCCUUUCAAGCGCGGAGAGACCUACGGUAUCGGCAUGACGCUCCGUUCUGUUGGUGGUCCCAAGCCGCAGGUUGAUAUCUUCUUUACACGCAACGGCACGAUGACUGGUGGUUGGGCGCUCCACGAGGAGACCGAUGCUGAGCAAGAUCUACCUGUGACGGGACUGGAGGGUUUCCAUGACUUGAGUUGUGCUAUCGGAACGUAUGACGGUGCCAAGUUCGAGGUUGCGUUUGAGCCGUCCAAGUGGUUGUAUAACCCAUACCAGGUCUAA